AUGUCCCCGCUUGCUGUGGUUCUUAGCACUCCAGACAGCGUAGUCCUCAUAGCCGAGGCUCCUCACGCGCAGACAAGGGAGGACAACAGAAGGGCCAUUUUCGUGAAGACCGACGUGUCCCAACCUAAAGACGUGGAGAAUCUGAUUCAGGAGACCGUCAAGGUAUUUGGCAGACUGGAUAUCCACGCCAAUGCCCUUGCCCCCGGAUUCAUUCAAACACCCCUGAUGGGCGCGCUUCAAGACCCAGAUACCCCGCCCGAACUGAUCAAGGCUGGCCUCGAAGAAAUCUGCCGAAGACAGCCGCUUGGGUCACGUCUGGGAGAGCCAGAGGAGAUCGCUGGUGCUGCGGUGUUUUUGGCGUCUCAGGAUGCUUCCUUUGUUACUGGCCAUACGGUGUUGGUUGAUGGGGGCUAUACUGCUGCGUAG